GUGACUCUUCAGACUUCAGGCACGACAGUGCAUGCCACUCACUCGAUCACAGACCAAGGCCAUGGACCGGAAGGCRGGAGAAUCCCUCCWGRCCUAUGAGGAACGCCUGGCUGCAUUCAUCCAGGAGGCCAACGAUAGGGCCGCCGCCGCGGCCAAGGAACGUAAUCGGCUCGAACAAGAGGAGGAGGCCAAGCGACAGAAGGAGGAACAGGACCGACUUCGUCAAGAGGAGGCAGACCUGCAGGCGGCAGCUGAACACCGGUCACGCCAGCGGGAACGACUGUUCACGCGGGAGACCGUGAUCGGUGACGAGGACGCACAUUGGGUGGAAGUGACAUCUGCAGACGGGGCCCCGGAGACUGACAAAGGGCUGUCAACCGUUGCACAGAUCUCCCACGACCUCAUGGCCACCUGCGCUCUGCAGCAGGAGAAAAUCCUUCACCUGCAGCAGACAGUGGACCAGAUGCUUACACGGCUGCAAGCGUUGGAGAAACAGCCAGCUGCUGUAGCAGCCGCAGGGGCUUCCAACCUUGCCACCCGCGUUCAAGUUUUGGAGGAUGACGUCAGGAACAUCAAGCGUGUGCAUCAGGAUUUCCGAACGUCGCAGCAAGCAACAAACUUGCAGUUGGAGACGCAGGUCCAGGCUGCUGCUACCGUGAUGACAUUCCAGUUUUCUGCGAUCAGUCCAAGACGGAACCGAUCCCACGAGUUCUCGGAUGUUUUUGAGACACCCUUCGGUAUAGUGCCGGACCGGUCGAUCUCUCACGAGAUCAUACUCGAGGCCGGCGCUGUGCCACCGAAGGGAUGCAUUUAUCGCAUGUCCGAGGAGGAGCUCACGGUUCUUCGUGCGCAACUCGAUGAUCUUCUUGACAAGGGUUGGAUCCGCCUCAGCAGCUCACCUUACGGUGCGCCCGUUCUCUUCGUUCGGAAAAAGAACAAGGACCUUCGACUUUGCAUUGACUACCGACGCCUCAACACGCAAACCAUGAAGAACGCGGGGCCUCUACCUCGCAUUGAUGAUUCGCUUGAGCGGUUGGGCGGCGCCAAGUACUUUUCGAAGUUGGACCUUAAGUCGGGCUACCAUCAGAUUUCCAUCCGCCCGCAAGAUCGGUACAAAACCGCGUUUAAGACACGAUAUGGGCAUUUUGAGUGGGUAGUUAUGCCUUUUGGCCUCACCAAUGCCCCGGCCACCUUUCAGGCGGCCAUGACCACCGAGUUUCGCGCUAUGUUGGACCGAUUUGUCUUGGUCUACUUAGACGACAUCCUCGUCUAUAGCCGAACUCUAGAGGAGCAUCUCGAGCACCUUCGCCGUGUUCUAGAGACUCUUCGAUCAACCCGGUACAAAGCUAACCGCGACAAAUGCGAGUUUGUUCGGCAAGAGCUUGAAUACUUGAGUCAUUUUGUCUCUCGGGAAGGCAUUCGUCCGUUGGCGGACAAGAUUCAAGCCAUCCAGGAGUGGCCCGAGUCGAAGAAUGUGACGGACAUCCGAUCCUUCCUCGGCUUGGCCGGUUAUUAUCAGCGCUUCAUCAAGGGUUACUCGAAGAUCGCGGCCAACCUAAGCAAGUUACAAAGCGAGGAGCGGCCUUUUGACUUCGACGACGAUGCGCCGCAUUCUUUUGAAACACUCAAAGCGGCACUUCUGUCCGCCGAGGUGUUACAUAUUUACGACCCGCUUCUAGCUACGCGCGUCACUACCGAUGCGUCAGGCUAUGGCAUUGGGGCCGUCCUUGAGCAGCACGACGGCACGGACUGGCACCCGGUCGAGUACUUUAGCAAGAAAGUGCCUUCCGUGCAUUCGAUCAACGACGCACGGAAGAAGGAGCUUCUUGCCUUCGUCCACGCCGUUGAUCGGGUUGAGCGCUUGCCAAACGUCGAGUUGGCUUACAACUCAUCGAUCCAUCCGGCUAUCGGGAUGUCGCCGUUCGAGUUUGAGCAUGGUUCACCCAUCUCAUCGCCCCUGGACGCCGUUUUGUCGCGCACAGCCGAGAGCGACGACCAUCUUGCGUUCCUUCGUCGCAUGCAAGAACUCCUUGUCAAGACACGGGAUCAGAUGUCAAAGGCGCAAAUACGGAUGAGCCGUCAAGCCAACCGCAAUCGUCUCCCUUGCCUGUUCCGCGCCGGCGAUCUGGUUUGGGUCUCCGCCGCGGAAUUCAGCCUUGAGCAAGACAUUUCUCGCAAGCUCCUUCCCAAGUGGAUGGGGCCUUGGCGCAUUCUCUCUGCAGUUGGUGAUGAUCCCGAGGGGCCUUCAUUCCGCAUCGCGGUGCCACCUCACUUGCCCGUCCACACGGUGUUCCACUGUUCCAAACUCGCUCCUUUUGUUUCAGCGGAGUCCGACGAGUUUCCCGGUCGACGUACGCAAGACCCUCCUUCCAUGGACGGAUUUCAGGAGGGCGGCUACAUCAUCACCGACCGGCGCCAUGGCAACAAAGAAACAGAGUUUCUACUUCACUUUUCCUACUACAGCCACAAGGCUGACCGUUGGCUGACGCGUUCGGAAGUGCAGGCCACAGCUCCCGCCGUUCUCUCACGUUAUCUUAGCAAAGGGAAGACUACGCUGAGCACUUCAGCUCCUCGCCAUCCUCGCUACAUUCCGCCAUCGGAUUGGCAGCUUUGCCCGCGCCCCGGCUCGUCUUCAUAAGGAGGGGGGCGUGUUACAUGCUGAAAGCCUACACACGGGCCCCUCACGGGACCCGAGGUUGGAAUAGGGCCCCCAGGUCGC